AUGGCGACAGAUAAUUCAACUGUAACCUUCAGAAACCCCAUCAUCCGAGGCUUCAACCCCGACCCAACUGUGUGUGUUGUGCCCGCUUCAGACACCACGCCUACUACCUUCUUCCUCAGCACAUCAACAUUCGAGCUUUUCCCAGGAUGCGCAAUUUACACUUCUACUAACCUGAUUGACUGGAAACUCAUCGGCCAUGCCUUGACCAGACGCAGCCAAAUUGAAAUGCGCACAGUGGAACCUGGAGCGGGGAGCUGGGCCAGCACAUUGAGAUAUCGGCCUCAGGAAAAGCGCUGGUAUCUGGCAAACGGUAUAUUCCAGAGAUAUCGACCUACAGUUGAUGAGCGCAUUUUCCCACGUGGAUUCUAUGUGUGGACGGACAAUAUCUGGGACGACAAUGCUUGGUCUGACCCCGUUUAUUUCGAUAACCCCGGGUUCGACCAAGAUCUGUUUUGGGAUGACGAUGGGAAGGUGUAUCUUUCGACAACGAUGAGACUGUCUUCGCAUUCACCCGACUCCAAGCUCAAGAAUUUCGCCAUCCACAUCUCGGAAAUUGAUAUUGCCAGUGGAAGGACUCUCACUGCGCCCAUAUCCAUCAGGGAGUCUCCAUAUGGCCUUGCAGAAGGCUCUCACAUCAUCAAACGCGGAGACUAUUACUACCUGUUCACUGCUGAGGGAGGUACCGAAGCUGGCCACCAAGAAUGGGUUCUUCGAAGUCGCGAAGGCCCAUAUGGUCCUUGGGAGGGCCAAGGUAAGCCACUUUGGUACAAUGGACCCGAGGAAGAAGUCCAGAGGACCGGCCAUGCCGAUGUGUUUGAAGAUGGGGACGGGAAGUGGUGGGCUGUAUUUCUGGGAGUUCGACCAGUGAAAGAUGGGAAAUCUUUCUUGGAGCCUCAACUUGUAGGCCGCGAAACGUUUUUAGUAGUAGUUGAAUGGCACGACGACUGGCCGAUAUUCAAUGGCGGGAAGAAUGUCACCUUGGAGACUCAAGGAAGGGCAUCUCUGGCUUCCACCGAAAGGGCCGCUCUUACAAUGUGGCAGGCCGACCUCUCCAGAGAGUCUCUUGAACUCGGGUGGUAUCAAAAGAACACCCCUCUGAAGCAAUGUUUCAGCUUACGGGAGAGGCCUGGAUUCUUGCGCUUGUACGGAAACUGCUACGAUCUCUCUAGUCCCGAGGGACCAGCCAUGCUUCUAAGGAAGCAGUCGUCACACAACCAGAAAUUUACCGCGAGUAUGGAGUUCAAACCGACACGUUAUGGCUAUGAAGCCGGCGUUGUGCUGUGGUGGAGCAAUUACUCCUAUGCCACAAUAGGUGUUGUUGGUACGCCGGAUGACCAUGAGAACCAGAGGAAGGUGAUCUCUCGAGAGCCAGGAAGCACAGGCCAAAUCGUACCGAACACAAAGUUCCCUAUUACGCCAUCGGUGGAAAGAUUUGGAUUUGAAAUCUACGCGAAUCCGACUUCGUAUGAGUUAUCGAUCUCAAUCGGCGACAACUCAGUCUUGGUGAAGGUCCUGGCUAAAGAACUGACAGUUGCGCCGCCGGUUGGCGGUGCUUUUACUGGGGUCAUGUUUGGAGUAUACUCCUUCGGGCGAGGGGAGCCUGUGUUGGACCCAGCUGACUUUGUGGCCAUUUCGAUGAAAGAGCUGGACGAAUAA